AUGGGACUCGGGGCAAGUAAGGCUAGCAACCUGCUUCCCUGGUACUCUAAAUAUGAUGCUGGCAAUAAUCAGAGCAAAAUGCCUCGGACCUUUGGAGGUGACGGAGUCCCACCUCUAACUGACAAACCAGGGACUCCUAAGAUACGACUUGGCAAGCAAAUGGUAAUGAGAUGGGGAGCUAUUAAUAUCAAUGGGGGCUACUCUGGGAAGAUGGUAGAGCUGGCAGAGGCUGCAAGUAAGAUGGGACUGGACGUUUUAGCUGUUAGUGACAUUCGGGUAAGGGGUGAGAAAGAAGAGGAAGUGGGAGAAUACAAGGUCUACCUGUCAGGCGUCAAAGCAGGAAUAGCACAAUGGGGUGUAGGGCUUUACAUCAGGAAAGAAAUGGAACCCAGCGUAGUUGCAAUAAGGUAUGUAAACGAACGACUGAUGUGGAUAGAUUUGACAGUGUCUAGCAAGAAAAUUAGGAUUGUGUCAGUAUAUUCGCAUUGUGAAGGGACAGAUCAAGAUAAGAUGGAUAGUUUUUAUGAGGCACUCAGUGAUGUAGUUGUUAGAGUAAAGGACAAGGACAGUGUUCUGCUCAUGGGUGAUUUUAACGCCAGGAUUGGAAAUCGGACAGAAAGGUAUGAAAAGGUUAUGGGUAAAUUUGGAAAGGAAAUGGAGGCCAACAGGAACGGGAAACAACUCUUGGAUUUCUGUGCCAGUAUGGGCUUAGUAAUCACAAACUCCUUUUUUAAACAUGAGAACAUUCACCAGUAUACUUGCGCUGAUAACCACGCAGUUGAGCGCCCCACAAACCAAACAAACCAGUAUACUUGGGAAGGCAGGGGAACCAGAUCUGUCAUUGACUAUAUAAUAACAGAUCAGGAAUUCAGGAAGGCUGUGAGGGACACACUUGUAUUCAGGGGAUUCUUUGAUGACACUGAUCAUUAUUUAAUCUGCAUAGGGAUAUCAAACCUUAUGGUGAUGUUGCAAAAAGUGGCAAUAAUUGGUGCUCAAAGAUCUAAUCUCUAUCAGUUGCUUGUAGAGAGAGAUAGUAAAUACUGUGGGAAAACGGCUGGUAAUUAUGCUGAUAAUGUUCACAGUUUAAUAAAACCUUAUCUAACACAAAUCAGUUUUCACUCAUAA